GUAUUUGAUUUCAUUCUCUUGGGGCUCACAGCUAAUCCAGUGCUUCAAGUCAUUCUCUUUGGUGUAUUCCUGCUCAUCUACUUAGGCAGUGCUUUGGGUAAUCUUGGAUUAAUUGUGUUAACCCAAACCAGUCCUCAGCUUCAGACACCCAUGUACUUUUUCCUCACACAUCUGGCUUUCGUUGACUUCUGUUUCACCUCGUCUAUCACCCCAAACACUCUUGUGAAUUUUCUACGUGAAGUGAGAAGUAUAACGUUCCAUGCCUGUGCCGUUCAGGUAUGCUGCUUCAUUACCUUCGCAGUUUGUGAAUUGUUCUUGCUGUCCAUCAUGGCGUAUGAUCGGUAUGUUGCCAUCUGCAGUCCUCUACUUUAUGUUGUUCUCAUGCCAAGGAGUCUCUGUAUUAAAAUGAUUGUUAGCACAUAUACUUAUGGGUUUGCUGUGGGUCUUGCACAAAGUCUGGCAACGUUUCAGAUGUCAUUUUGUGACUCCAAUAGGGUCAACCACUUCUAUUGUGACGACGUUCCCCUAGUUGCUCUGGCCUGUUCUGAUACAAGUAUCAAAGAGCUGAUGUUGCUGAUCAUUGCUGGGUUCAAUACCCUUUGCUCUCUAUUGAUUGUGAUCAUUUCCUAUGUCUUCAUCCUGUUUGCCAUCUUGAGGAUGAAAUCUGCUGAAGGGAGAAGGAAAGCGUUUUCUACCUGUGCAUCCCACCUGACUUCCAUCACAAUAUUUUAUGGGACAAUCAUUUUUAUGUACCUACAGCCUAAGUCCAGUCAUUCUUUGGACACCGAUAAAGUUGCUUCUGUAUUCUAUGUAAUAGUGAUCCCAUUGCUAAACCCACUGAUUUACAGCUUGAGAAACCAAGAAGUAAAAAAUUCCCUGAAGAGAUUGAAAGAAAAGUUACGUUUGGCUAGCAAAUAA